AUGAACUUGACCUCCUCCCCUCCAGUGAUACCCCCGAUGCAGAAACUCCAGUGCGUCGUCCAGACGUACGCAUGGGGAAAACUCGGACUCGAGAGCUCCGUAGCGCAGCUCAUGGAGGCAGGAGACGCUUCAUUCAAGGCCGACCGGGGGACCCCGUACGCCGAGCUCUGGAUGGGGACCCAUGCAAACGGUCCGUCGCGCGUGUUGCGCGAAGGUACCCACGAGUCACCUCUACUAAGUGAAUGGCUCCAGCAGCUCCACCGAGGAGGCUCUGAAGAGCCACGAGAUCUGCCCUAUCUGUUCAAGGUCUUGUCCGUACGCAAGGCGCUGUCCAUUCAAGCCCAUCCGGACGUGAAGCUCGCGGCCAAAUUGCACGCCAAGUUCCCGGAGAUGUACAAGGACGCGAACCAUAAACCCGAGAUGAUCAUUGCAAUCACGCGCUUCGAAGCGCUGUGCCAGUUUCGGGAUAUUCACGAGAUUGUGACGCACCUCGAGACUGUUCCUGAGUUUCGAGCGCUCGUGGAUCCAGAGAUUACGCAGCAGUUACGAGCGCAGCAGAACGAAGCGUCACUGCGCGUGUUCUUCCGCUCGUUUAUCUAUGCCGAGCCAGACACUAUUGUAGCGCAGUUGCAAACCCUGCGGGCACGUCUUGAAACGUCGUCAGAUUUGACUGCAAUGGAGAAGAUGGUGCUUCGUUUGGACGAUGAACACCCGGGCGACAUUGGCUGCUUUUGUCCAUUCCUGCUCAAUUAUGUCGCGCUGGAACCCGGUGAAGCCAUGUUCCUCCAUGCAAAUGAGCCCCAUGCGUACCUCUCCGGUGACUGCAUCGAGUGUAUGGCGUGCUCUGACAACGUUGUCCGUGCUGGGCUGACUCCGAAAUUUAUGGACAAAGAGACGCUGCACUCGAUGCUGACGUACCACACGGGCAAGCCGCAUGUGUACAAGGGCGAGAGUCAGGGCGCUGGUGUUGCACGGCUGUAUAGCUCUCCAGCCCCUGAAUUUGAGGUCGAGACCGUUGAGCUGAAACCCGAUCAACGGUAUAAGCUGCCAGCACGAAAAGGUGACUCGAUCGUUCUCGUCACUUGUGGUAGUGGCUCGAGGAUGGAUCAUCCGAAUGGUACAGCCGACGGUCAGUUGAUAUCUAAGGGCGAGGUGUACUUCUUAUCAAAAGAAGAGGUUCUGGAGAUCAGAGGCGGCAGCGAUGAAGGAAUUACAAUAUUUCGCGCGUCUCCGAACGAAAGCUUAUCUUCAUCGUAG